AGAGGAAGAUCCCCGCAAUUUGCGAAUUUCAGUUUUCGCGGUAGGCCCUCUGGUACAUUUGACGGCAACGAACUGUCUCGUAUAUACUAAUUCUAAUUCUUUACGAGCUUUUAAACCUAUAGCUCAAAGCUUAUUUUUGACAUAUCUCAAUUCUUAACGUCACGCCAAGCCAUCGACGUCAAAUUAGCAGUGACAGUGACAGUGGUGAACAGCGAUUGUUAAUGGACGGUGUUUUGCUUGCGAAAUUAUAAAGAUUGUGUUUAUACAACAAAAUGAAUCAAACUCUAAAUGUGGACCAGCUAAAUUCGGCUCUUAAUUCGCUUCGAACUUUACGAUCAAGCGUCAGUCAUGUUUUCGAAACUUUAUCAAAUGGCUUGCGAGCCGAUCACGGCGAAGAUGGUAAAGAUAAAUUUCUUUUGGAGCUGCAAGAACUUCUAAACACUGUAAAUAUCAACUUGAGGGAUUUAGAUCAGACUGUAAAUGGUCUUCCGGUGCCUGCAACACUCACAUUAAAUUUGGGGAACACGACAUACCUUAGCCAAGAAACUACGCAAGAGCGCCAAGCAUACUAUACACAGUUAGUUAACAGCUAUAAAUGGACAGACAAAGUGCAUGAGUAUAGUUCCUUUGCCCACACAUUGUUAAGCCAGAACUCUCUAAAACGCUCGUACAUAAACUCCGGCAACACCAAGAGACGAGGUAAACUACAAAGCAACCAUAACGUAGCGCCAGUCCAGGUUGAUCAAGUCAUCAAUAAUAUCGAUAGAUCUUACAAUGACAUGAAAAUAACUAUCUCCCGCCCAUUCGCGAGCAACGCUGUUGUUCAAAUCAAUUUGAGUCAUGUUUUAAAAGCUGUUGUUGCCUUUAAAGGACUGCUCAUGGAAUGGGUGAUGGUGAAAGGAUACGGUGAAACUCUAGAUUUGUGGACGGAGUCUCGACACCACGUCUUCAGGAAGGUAACAGAGAAUGCUCAUGCUGCUAUGCUUCAUUUUUACUCUCCAACGCUUCCGGACUUAGCGGUGCGUUCAUUCAUGACAUGGUUGCAUAGUUAUGUGAACCUGUUUAGUGAACCUUGUAAGAGAUGUUCAUGCCACCUGCACCACACGUCGUUGCUGCCGCCGGCUUGGCGUGACUUUCGCACGCUGGAGCCAUUCCACGAUGAAUGCAAACAAUAGUCUUUGUGGUAUUGAACGAGAGAGUUGGGAAAAGACUUAUGUUGCGUUAACUCUCGUUCAAUAUAAGAAUAUGUAAAGUGUAAUGCAGGGACUGUGUAACUACCAGCAGGAUUGUGAUCAUACUGUUCCCAUUCAUAAAAACUUUGAACUUUAAUAAUGAACAAAACAACUAAUUAACCUUUUCAAUGCUAACAAUGGUUAUAUUAAAACCAAACUAUCUAGAGGGUGAAAUCAUGCUCAGUGAACUCUGAUUUAGACAUACCAGCAU